AUAGUUUAUGUAGGAUGGUCUUUGUCUGAUGUUUUUAAUCUCUAGUUUUUCAGAAACACGGUGCUUUUUCCAAGCUUCAUAUCCAAGUAGAAAUAAAUCAUCUAUGCUUUUAUCAUGUGGGGAAAAUGGAAAGAGGAUUUGUGUCACUACCGCUUUUGAAAAUUUUGAGCAGAGGAAUCAUUCUUCCACUGAAAUCUUUAUUGAUAAAUUCCUCUUUGAGGUAUUCAAGCGUCUACCCAGUGGCAGUGAGACAAGUGCUUAUGCUUGUGUUUUUAAGCGAUGGCUCACACUUUUAAGCAGUGUUCACAAGGAUGAGAUCACAGAAUCUAAGAGAUAUCUUGCCAGGUCCCUUGUUGGUAGGAAAGUCACAGUUUCCAAACUUGCUGCUAUUGCCAUUAGAACUUCAAAACAUGGAGGUUUAGCAAAGAUAUCUAUUCAGGGAAAUAACGUUUGUCGUGGUGUGACUGAUGUUGGUUUCAAGGAUAUUUCUCGAGGUUUCCCUACUCUCAGAGAACUUUCCUUGUGGAAUGUGUGUUCUGUUGGUGAUGAAAGUUUAGCUGAGAUUGUCCAUGGAUGUCGUUUGUUAGAGAAACUUGAUCUUUUCCAAUGCCCAAGAAAUAGAGGUCCGGGUGGUUCUACAUGUCUAGAGCAUAGGAGUCCUGAUGCGGUGAAUGAGAGUCGAAUGAUGAAUUCAUCUAGGACACACACUUGUGAUCCUACUCUUAUUCCUUCCCGAAAAUAUUGCAUGCUAGGCUAUUAUGUUGAUGCACUAGUGGAUUGGUGUUGUGAAGAAUGUGAUAUUGGCAAAGGGAUAAUGUCUUCAUCAAGCGGACUAGAAAUUGUGCAUUGUGAGGGAUCCAAGUUACAUGCCUCUGAAAAGAUUUGUCAGAGUAUUAUGCAACCAAAGAAACAUAGUAAGUUUCCUGGUGGACAUCGUUUUAACUGGGAAAAAGAGGUACGGAUCGGGAAAAUGAGAUAUCUACCUGUUGAAGAAGCACUUGGUUUGUCAUCAAGCACCAAGAAAUAUGGAUCUCCACUGAUAGAUACGGUCUCGUCAAGAGUUGUGUCAACAAAAUCCAUGGCAACUAUGACUCGAGGGAUUUUUAGCAAGCCUAGAGCUCAAAUUUCAAACUUUUUUCGUGAGAAGAGAAAAAUGCAGCUGCCUUUAGGAUCAACAGGAUAUACGAAACCUCAAAAUCUUCAAAUUGCCGAAAACACUGAACAUAGCAAAAAAAUAGUACAAUUAUCUAAAGGUUCGAAUGGUUCUACUAAUCUGGAGCUUAGGAGUCCUGAUGUUGUGAAUAAAAGUCGAAUGAUGAAUUCAUCUAUGACACACCCUUGUGAUCAUGCUCUAGUUCCUUCCCAGAAGUCUGAGAGAUAUAUUGCUCUAGUGGAGUUCAUGCAUAGCAAGGAUUUGGUGAUGAGAACACUUAUAAAUGAUGUUGAGCUCCAUAUACUUGCAUCCACAACCAUGUGCACUAAUUCUCAAAAAAAAAAAUGUGAAAUUUGCGGUGACAUAGGUUUUGACAAAGCAAUUACUACAUGUUAUCAGUGUAACAAUGUUGACGUGCAUCGAUAUUGCAUGCUAGGUUGUUGUGUUGAUGCACCAGUGGAUUGGUGUUGUGAAGAAUGUGAUAUUAGGAAAGGGAUAAUGUCUUUAUCAAGUGGACUAGAAAAUGUGCAUUAUGAGGGAUCCAAGUUACAUGCAUUUGAAAAGAUUUGUCAGAGUAUUGUGCAACCAAAGAAACAUAGUAAGUUUCCUCGUGCACAUAGUAGUAACGGGGAAAAGGAGGUACAGACCGAGAAAAUGAGAUAUCUACCUGUUGAAGAAGCACUUGGUCUUUCAUCAAGCAUCAAGAAAUAUGGAUCUACGCUGAUAAAUACGGUCUCCUCAAGAGUUGUGUCAACCAAAUCCAUAGCAACCAUGACUCGAGGGAUUUUUAGCAAGCCUAGAGCUAAAAUUUCAAACUAUUUUCGUGAGAAGAGCAAAGUGCAGCAGCCUUUAGCAUCAACAAGAUAUACUAAACCUCAAAAUCUUCGAAUUGCCAAAAACACUGAACAUAGCAAAAAAAAUGUUCAAUUAUCUAAAGGUACGGGUGGUUCUACCAGUCUUGAGCAUAGGAUCCUGAUGAUUUGAAUAAGAGUUGAAUAAUGAAUUCAUCGACGACUUACCCUUGUGAUCCUUCUCUAGUUCCUUCCCGGAAGGGAGGUUUUGACAUCUUAGGUGCUUUGGAAAUUUUACCUGGGAUGCUCAAUAGUUGUAUCCAGGCUCAUCCUCCUUCUAGAGUUAGACGUAAGGUGUAUGAGUUCUCAGGUCUUGUGCCUGAUACUCUUAAAUUUGUACUUGUUCCCCGUGGGGAUAUUUGGGAAAGUCUAUUUAACAACCAUAUUCCUAGUAAAGAAGAUAUAGGAGUGUAUUUUUUUGCAAGUGAGAAAAAAUGGUCUGAGAGAUAUAUUGCUCUAGUGAAGUUCAUGCGUAACAAAGAUUUGGUGAUGAGAAUGCUUAUAAAUGACGUUGAGCUCUUUAUACUUGCAUCCACAGCCCUGUGCAAUGAUUCUCAAAAAAAAAAUUGUGAAAUUUGCGGUGAUACAGAUUUUGAAAAAGCAAUUCUACAUGUUAUCAGUGUAACAAUGUUGACGUGCAUCGAUA